AAAGCCACAUCGCGUGAUGAUGCCAAAACAAACCAGAUCUGUAUCGAUAUCGGAACCGAGAUGGAGAUGGAGCCAGAGGCCAUACAACCAGUACCGACUUACCAGACUUCGUGGCGGCGGCAAGCAGCAGCUGAACCUGCAACAGCAGCAGCAGCAACAACAACAGCUGCUGCAGCAGCAACAGGCACUUCUGGCCCAGUCAAACUUCGGAAGUCUGGGCGGAACUGGAGCCGCUUCCGUUUCCGGUGCCGGAGUGACCAGCUAUGCGGACCAGAUGCAAGCCGCCUUCCUUGACUACCAGCGUCAACGAGUAGAGUUUGAGCAGCAGCAACAGCAACAGCAGCAGCAGCAGCAGCAGCAGCAGUUGCUGCAAAAGUUCUACAAUUACUAUCCCGAUGUCUCUGGUGCUCAGCAGCAACAGCAACCAGCAGAGGGUCUCCAGGGUGCCAAUGGCUUUGUCUACCAACGUCCACAGUUCCUGCAGGCUGGAGGAUCAACCGGAUCAGCUGGAGGAUUCGGACCGCAACGCGCUGUAGGAGCUAGUGAAUACUUUUCCACACAACAGCAGCAGGAAUUGCUCCGUGACCAGCAGCAGCAGCAACAGUUUGGUGCCACCAGUCAGACGGUGUCCACCACUCCCCAGAGCCUUAACAUGGCAGUGCCCAGUGCUCCCACCUUCCAACCCUCAUCGGAUGUCUCCCACGUGAGCUUCUCAAGUGGCAAUCUCAAGUAUAACUUCUAAUGUGGAUGUGGCCAGCAUUUAUCCCUAGGAUUUUGUGUA